AUGUCUUCACUUUUCGAUGCCGUGAUCCAGUCCGAAUUGGGCUCAGGGCCCGCAAGCGACAACCUGCGAUCUGACCACCUCCCCAGCUCGCGGCGUUCUGAGAGCAAUGGCCCCAUGAGUGACAUGCACGCAUUUGCCGACGACCAGGUUGUAUCAGGGGGAAAUGCGACUAUCAAUCGCUUGCGCAACCCUUACACCGCUACCCCCGCACAGUUGAUCGAUGAUGCAGGAGAGAGGGUGAGGGGUGCGUUUGAAACGCUACUGGAAGAGUAUCAGGAGGAGCCUUCGUCCUCUGCGCCUAUCUCUUCGGGUGAGGUGCUCAGCACCAGAUAUUACAUCGCUCAGAUCAAAGGCAUGGCCAAAUUUGAGUUGUCGACUCUCUACGUUGAUUUCACCCAUCUCACAAGUUGGAGAGAUCCCAUUCUCGCCGAUGCUGUUGCCACUCAAUACUACCGAUUUCUACCCUUCCUCACCAAGGCACUGCACAACUUGAUCGCCAAAUAUGCGUCGGACUACUUCGUCUCCCACAGAUUGACAUCCAGCAGCGCGACGGAACCCGGGAGCUCAGCAACAGCGGGCGGAAGCUCCACCGACAACCCCGAGCUGGACCGUCACAUUCGCGAGAAGACUCGCCACCAACAAACAGAUAAGCUAUUCGCGCUCGCGUUCUACAACCUCCCUUUGGUUUCACGACUUCGACAACUUCGAACAAAGCAGAUUGGACAGUUGCUUUCUGUCUCGGGAACCGUCACGAGGACAUCCGAAGUCCGCCCCGAGCUGUCAUUGGGAACAUUCAUUUGCGAAGGCUGCAAGACAGUCGUCCAGAAUGUCGAGCAGACCUUCAAAUACACAGAGCCAUCGGAGUGUCCUAACCAAACCUGUGGUAACCGCGUGGGAUGGCGCCUCGAUAUCGGCAAAAGUACAUUUAUCGAUUGGCAAAAGGUGAAGCUCCAGGAAUCGUCACAUGAAAUCCCGACUGGUAGCAUGCCUCGCACAAUGGACGUUAUUCUGCGGGGUGAGAUGGUCGACCGGGCCAAGGCCGGUGAGCGCUGUAUUUUCACCGGUACUCUGAUUGUCGUUCCGGAUGUGAGCCAAUUGGGUCUUCCCGGUGUGCGCCCCGAAGCUGUCCGCGACGAUAAUUCCUUCCGAGGCGGCGACGGAAAUGGAGUUACUGGCUUGAAGGUGUUGGGUGUGCGCGAUCUUUCUUACCGCAUGGCAUUCCUCUCCUGCAUGGUCACACCAGACACGACGACACCCGGCCAAAAGCCCGAGCAACAGCUCAGUGGCCAGUCGAACAACAUUCUUGCCUCCUUGAACCAGAACCAAGAUGACGAUCGUGGAGAUGACUCGGCCCAGGAAGCGUUCUUGCACAGUCUCACCCCGGCUGAGGUUCAGGACCUGAAGCAGUUGGUGCACUCUGACUAUAUCUACUCUCGUCUGGUGGAUUCGAUCGCGCCCAUGAUCUGGGGCCACAGACAAAUCAAGAAGGGUCUGCUGUUGCAGUUGAUUGGUGGUGUUGGAAAGUCCACAUCUGCCGAGAGCCUCAAGCUUCGUGGUGAUAUCAAUAUCUGUAUUGUUGGCGACCCUUCGACCAGUAAGAGUCAGUUCUUGAAGUAUAUCUGUUCUCUGCAUCCUCGCGCAGUCUACACCAGUGGUAAAGCUUCUUCCGCUGCUGGUUUGACCGCCUCUGUUGUCAAGGAUGCCGAAACUGGCGAGUUCACCAUCGAAGCCGGAGCCCUGAUGCUUGCUAACGGCGGUGGUAUCUGUGCCAUCGAUGAGUUUGAUAAGAUGGACAUCGCUGACCAAGUGGCUAUUCACGAAGCCAUGGAACAGCAGACUAUUUCCAUCGCAAAGGCCGGUAUUCACACCACUCUGAACGCUCGUGCUUCCAUCCUUGCAGCUGCCAACCCAGUCAACGGUCGCUACGAUCCGAAGCAAACCCUUCGCAACAACUUGAACUUCAGUGCUCCUAUCAUGAGUCGUUUCGAUGUUUUCUUCGUCAUCCGUGAUGACCCCAAGGAGUCAGUCGACCGCAGUCUGGCCGAGCACAUUGUCAAUGUGCACAUGAACCGUGACGAGGCUGUUGAGCCUGAGCUGUCCACUGAACAGUUGCAGCGUUACAUUCGCUUCGCCCGCACCUUCCGCCCUGUUUUCACAGACGAGGCUAAGACACUACUUGUCGAGAAGUACAAGGAGCUGCGCUCCAAUGAUGCGCAAGGUGGUAUUGGUCGCUCUUCUUACCGCAUCACUGUUCGUCAAUUGGAGUCUUUGAUCCGUUUGUCUGAGGCUGUGGCCAAGGCCAACUGUGUCGAGGAAAUCAUUCCUCGCUUCGUCAACGAGGCAUACGACCUCCUCCGCCAGAGUAUCGUGACUGUCGAGAAAGACGAUGUCGAAAUCGACGAAGAGCAGCCUGCUCCCCAACACCAUGAGGAUGAGGAGAUGGCUGAUGGCGAUGCCGAGGGUGAUGAUCAAAUGCACGAUGAACCCCCCGCUCCCACUAAGCGCGAGGGAACCAAGGUCAAGGUGACAUACGACAAGUACCACGGCGUCUUGAACCACAUUGUCAGACGACUGGUCGAGGACGAAAAGACGGCGGCCGAGGGUGUCGAACAAGAAGACCUUGUUCUGUGGUACCUUGAGCAGAUCGAGGGUGAGAUUAGGGAUGAGGAUGACCUCGCCCGUGAACGCAAGCUUGUGAAGAUGGUGCUGAAAACCAUGGUUAAGGAUAACAUUGUGCUUCGUAUUUCCGGAACGGGCCUCACGGAAGGACCUGAUGAUGUCCAGGAAGACAGCAAAAUCCUCUAUGUCCUGCAUCCCAACUGCAACAUCGAUGAUAUGUAA